AGAGUGCGACAUUUGCCUCUUGUGCGCCUGCGCAUUGCUCCGCGCUCGUCCCCCCACUGGUUUCCUUCUCUGUCGUCCAUCCAUCUUCCGCUCCUGCCUGCCAACAGUGAGGAAGAUGCUGAUCGGACGAGCGACAAUGACAGAAUCGCUUUUCCAUGGACUCAUCGUUUGACCUCGUAGAGCUCCGCGAACUACCAAACAUUCACAAGGCUAGCGACAUUCGCCGAGGCUUCCGCAACGCUUCCUACGAGCACGACCACGAACGCCACCAAGAGGCGACAGGCUUUACCACCACCUCGGGAAGCUGCAAGGAUUCGUCAGUGACGUCUGGUGCUGAUGAUGCUGAGGCGGUCCGGGGUUCCGGCGACAACUGGACUGUCCCUGACGGUGGCGGUAUUCGGCACUCAUCCGAUACGGGCCUGGCUCUUGCCGUGGCGCUGCUGGUGAGUGGCGUGGCGCUGGUCCUGGUGGCCUACGCCGUCCCCAGGGAGGCCCGCGUGGACCGUGACGCCGUGUCGGCCCGGCAGAUGGAGCAGCUGGAGCUGUACUAUGCACGGCUGGGCUCGCACCUGGACAAGUGCAUCAUCGCCGGUCUGGGGCUACUCACCCUGGGAGGGAUCUUCCUCUCUCUGCUCCUCCUGGCUUUCAUGUGCCGGGGCCACGGCGUCUCGCACUGCCGGGCGCCCUUCGUCCGGCCCAAGCGGACCUACGGCUCCGUCAACAUGAGGAUGAAGCAGCUCGCCGCUGGCGAGGACCAAUCAUCUGGGACCGAGCGGGAGGGACCUGCUUUGACGGCCGAGUGAUCCACCGACCGCAGCGAUUUGGUGCUAACAAAGGAAGCCCGUCCAUUUCUACGUCCGUCCUUUGCAAGGCAAAAAUGAAGUAAAGCAGGAUGCUGGCUAUAAAGUUUUGGGAUGCAAAAAUGAAGAAAGUGCCGAAUUUGAAUUUAAGUCUUGGGAUAACGAUUUGCUGAAAAUGGGGAGGGAAAUGUGAAGACAUUGUCAUCAUUCCUGCUCAAGUGAAAAAAUGUGGAAUGCGGCCAAAAGCAAAAGUGGCCCUUGGACAAGAAAAAGUAAAUUUGGACCAAAAUGUGGAAAAAAAAUGUAGAUUUAGGGCAAAAACGUCAAAUUGGAAAACGGGGCAUUUUUGUCCAUUUUGAGCCGUUUCGACAGGACAAGAAAUGUUGGGGGCUGUCAUCCAAAAAGAGGUUGUUCGCUGCGCCCGUUGGAUUGUUUAGAACGCCAAAGACCUGAUCCGGAACAUUUUUGUCCAUACAGCCAGUUGGUUUGAGACAAAAGGCGCAAGAAGCUGGACCUCCAAGGCGGAUAUCAUUACAAAAAGCUGCAAUAGAUAUAGUCGUGCUUCUCCAGCGCCAGAGGGAGACACAUAUUCACUGAUAGUUUUUGUUUGUUUCUCGGGGUUUUGCCGAUCGUUGCUGUCAUGUUGUUUUGCAGGUUUUGACGAGCCUGUGGGAACGAAGACAAACAUUCGCGACUUUGAAUCAAAAGUUGCCUUUUGGAACAGGACAUUUUUCAGAUAUUUGACAUUUGAGUAUCUCACGUGUUUAAUGAUCAGCUGUUUGAAGAGUUGCAAAAAUAUGUCUACAUUACAACAUGAGCUGCAGUUAAUGACAUUCAAAAAAACAUCCUAUGCAAAAAAAAAAAAAA